AUGUUCCUCUUUGAUUGGUUCUUCUCUUUAUUGCGAGCCAUAGGAAUUCUUCAAGACAGCAUCAAAGGACGAGUACUAUUCUUGGGCUUGGACAAUGCUGGCAAAACCACACUUCUCUAUAAACUCAAGACUGGUCUCAUGCAACAAUUCAAUCAAACCAUGUAUCCUAACAAUGAAACCGUUGAAAUAUCCUCUUCAUGCACCAUACAAGUCAUUGACUUGGGAGGGCACCCUCUCGCACGUAAGCUGUGGAAAGAUUAUUAUUUGGAUGUGAGUGGAAUCGUCUUUAUGGUUGAUGCUGUCGAAAGAAGAAGAAUUCAAGAGGCCCGAGCAGAAUUGUAUAGCAUCAUGAAAGAUAAUGAUUUGGCAAACGUUCCAAUUGUGGUGAUGGGCAAUAAAGUAGAUAAUCCAAAUGCCAUGCCAGAAUUUGAGCUCUCUGAACAAUUGGAUGUGACACACUUGAGAACGGGAAAGAGUUUGGAUCAAUCAUUUGGCACUCAAAGACCAUUGGAAAUUUUCAUGACCAGUGUCUCUAAAGAUUUCAAUAUUGCAGAGUCCUUUGAAUGGCUUUCUUCCCGAAUUCGAAAAUAA